AUGGCAGACGCCCCCAUCCUCGUCGACUACAACCCCAACGGCAUCGCCAUCAUAACACUAAACCAACCUCAAAAGCUCAACGCACUAAACCAAGACGCCUACUUCCAGCUCGCCGUAGCCCUCCGCGAGAUCGCCGACCGCGACGACAUAUACAUCACUGUGCUUACGGGCAAAGGACGUUAUUUCUCAGCCGGCGCCGACGUCUCCAUCGGCGCAUCCUCCACAGGAAACGAGUCCACCCGCCUCCACUGGCUCAAGAACUUCGUCGCGAAUAAUCUUCACAUUACGCACGCUUUUUACACGCAUCCUAAGAUCCUCGUCACCGCGCUGAAUGGUCCCGCCGUGGGGUUAUCCGCUGCGCUGAUCGCCUUCUCGGACUUUAUCUACGCGGCGCCACACUCUUUCCUUCUCACACCUUUCUCCUCGCUGGGAUUAGUCGCCGAGGGAAAUGCGUCUGUGGGGUUCGUUAGGAGGCUGGGGAUAAGCAAGGCGAACGAGGCGCUGAUCAUGAGUAAGAGGAUUGGCAUUGAGGAUAUGGUGUCUACGGGGUUUGUGAAUAAGGUUGUGGACGUCGGGGGCAAAGACAAGUCUGAGGAGUUUCUAGCGGAGGUGCUGAAGGAGGUUGACGAUAGGUUGGGCGCGCAUUUGAACAGGGAGAGUUUGGUGAAGAUCAAGGCACUGAUUCGGAAGCCGGAGAUGGAGACGCUGGAUAAGCAGGGUGUGACGGAGGUGUUUGCGGGGCUCGAUCGGUUUAUUAAGGGGGUGCCGCAGGAGGAGUUUAGGAAGAUUGCGAGUGGGGAGAAGAAGCAUAAGCUGUAG